AUGAGUGCCCAAGCCUGGGCAGGAGAAGUUGAGAUGCGCAGGUUGGGUACGGACCAUGCAUAUUCCGAUCGGUUUAAAGGUGCUGCAGCGACUGGGGUAUCCCGAGCACUCCUGAGUUCUUUGCGACUUGGCCGCAGGUUUGCUGCUGAACUAUGCAAUUUGGUUGGAAACAUUCCAUAUCACGAUUUGAGGGUGUUCAAAUUAUUCAUGUUGAUACCACAUCGGAGCAUCAUUGUUCAAAAUUUUUGUCAUGCUGUCCCGGAUGAUGAGGAUGAUGAUGAUGGUCAUGAUGAUGAUCAUGAUGACGAAAUGCGACGACAGUGA